UUCAGAACAAUGAUUCCCAUCACUGAAUUCCGCCAGUUCUCAGAACAGCAGCCAGCCUUCCGUGUGCUGAAGCCAUGGUGGGAUGUAUUUACAGAUUAUCUCUCUGUUGCCAUGCUGAUGAUUGGAGUGUUUGGCUGCACAUUACAGGUUAUGCAGGACAAGAUUAUAUGCCUUCCAAAAAGAGCACAGCUGUCACAGACCUACUCUAACCUUCCUAAUGUGUCAAAUUUAGUCUCCAAUGCAACCCCGUCUGUUCCACCCAAGCCGUCCACUCCUCCUGCCACUGUUGAAAUGAAAGGACUAAAGACCGACUUAGACCUCCAACAGUAUAGCUUCAUAAACCAAAUGUGUUAUGAACGUGCCCUCCAUUGGUACGCAAAGUACUUCCCUUACCUUGUCCUUAUACAUACUUUGAUCUUCAUGCUAUGUAGCAACUUCUGGUUCAAAUUCCCUGGGUCGAGUUCAAAGAUUGAACAUUUUAUCUCCAUUCUGGGGAAGUGCUUUGAUUCUCCUUGGACCACAAGAGCUUUAUCUGAGGUGUCUGGUGAAGACUCUGAGGAGAAGGAUAACAGGAAGAACAAUAUCAACAGGUCAAACGCUAUUCAGCCGAGCACAGAAGGUACUUUAGUCAAAACUCAGUCUUUGAGAUCUAUACCUGAAAAGUUCGUUGUGGAUAAGGGAACACCAGGGGCCCUGGAUAAAAAAGAAGGAGAACAGGCCAAAGCAUUGUUUGAGAAAGUGAAGAAGUUCCGACUGCACGUUGAGGAAAGUGAUCUGCUGUAUGCUAUGUAUGUUCGCCAGACAGUGCUGAAAGUUAUUAAAUUUCUCAUCAUUAUUGCAUAUAACAGUGCACUUGUUUCAGAAGUCCAAUUUACAGUGGAUUGCAAUGUCGACAUACAGGACAUGACAGGAUAUAAGAAUUUUUCAUGCAAUCAUACUAUGGCUCAUCUGUUUUCUAAACUUUCCUUCUGCUAUCUCUGCUUUGUGAGUAUCUAUGGAUUCACGUGCCUUUACACUUUGUACUGGUUGUUCUACCGCUCACUUAAGGAAUAUUCUUUUGAGUACGUCCGUCAAGAGACUGGGAUUGAUGAUAUCCCAGAUGUCAAAAACGACUUUGCUUUUAUGCUCCACAUGAUAGACCAAUACGAUCCUCUGUAUUCCAAAAGAUUUGCUGUUUUUCUCUCAGAGGUCAGUGAAAACAAACUGAAACAGCUGAAUCUAAAUAAUGAGUGGACUGCAGAUAAAUUAAGACAGAGGCUGCAGAUGAAUGCCCACAACCAUUUGGAACUGCAGCUGUUUAUGCUGUCUGGACUUCCAGAUACAGUUUUCGAAAUUACGGAGCUGCAAUCAUUGAAACUCGAAAUCAUUAAUAAUGUCAUGAUACCAGCCACUAUUGCACAACUGGUUAAUCUCCAGGAGCUCUCAUUGUAUCAGUGCUCUGCAAAGAUCCACAGUGCAGCUCUGGUAUUUUUGAAAGAAAAUCUGAAAGUUCUGAAUGUCAAAUUUGAUGACUUCAGGGAGUUACCACCAUGGAUGUAUGGACUGAGAAAUUUGGAAGAACUGUAUUUAAUUGGUUCUUUAAGUCAUGACAUUUCUAAAAAUAUCACUUUGGAGUCUUUUCGAGAAUUUAAGAGGCUUAAAGUUCUUUACAUUAAAAGCAACCUGUCCAAAGUCCCACAGUCCGUGGUUGAUGUUUCAAGUCACCUUCAAAAAAUGUGUCUUCACAAUGAUGGCACUAAACUAGUGAUGCUCAAUAACUUAAAGAAAAUGGUUAACUUGACUGAAUUAGAGUUAGUGCACUGUGACUUGGAGCGCAUUCCCCAUGCCAUUUUCAGCCUUAUCAGCCUCCUAGAAUUGGACUUAAAGGAAAACAAUCUCAAAUCAAUAGAGGAGAUACUUAGCUUUCAACACCUUAGAAAACUUACAAUCCUCAAGCUGUGGCACAACAGUAUAACCUAUAUUCCCGAGCACAUAAAGAAACUGACAAGCCUGGAGAGGCUUUAUUUUAGCCACAACAAGAUAGAGGUUCUCCCAUCCCACCUCUUUCUCUGCAACAAAAUAAGAUAUUUAGACUUGUCUUAUAAUGAUAUCCGAUUCAUCCCCCCUGAAAUAGGAGUCCUACAGAGUUUACAGUAUUUUUCUAUCUCUUGCAACAAAGUGGAGAGUGUGCCAGAUGAGUUGUACUUUUGCAAAAAACUGAAGACACUGAAGAUUGGAAAAAACAACUUGUCCAUUUUGUCACCCAAAAUUGGAAAUCUGGUAUUUCUGUCUUACUUAGAUAUUAAAGGCAACCAUCUGGAAUUCCUCCCGCCAGAACUCAGUGGAUGUAAAGCUCUGAAAAAGUGUGGUCUAGUGGUUGAAGACACCUUGUUUGAAACUUUGCCUUUGGAUGUCAGGGAGCAGAUGAGGGCAGAGUGACUUUCCUGCAGUUUUACAGAAACAUGCCUCUUCCAAAUGCCUUGUACAUAAUUAGCUAGUC